GAAGCAGGUUUUUAAUUUAAUCUUAGAGUAAAGUAUAAAAAGUCCUUGGACGGAAAAAUACGAAAAUUGUAUUUCAAAUAUAUAUGUAAAGUAUAAAUACGGUACGGUGAAAUUCGUUGAUAAAUUUUGUUUAGGAAAAAGAGAAAAAUAAAUUACGAAAUGUUUGGUGCAAAUCUGAAUAUUGGUAACCGAAUGGAUUAUGCAUCUUCUUUGGAACUUGGGUUGGACUUAAAUUACAUGUCCGAAGUAUUUUUGGAUACUACGAACAUAAUAAGCAGAUGCUCACCAAACCUUUCGCCUAUAUCUACAGAAACGUCAAUAUCGCAAUUUUCUCCAAACACUGUGUAUGCAUUUUCACCAUCGCAACUAUUGUCGUCAACUCCAGCCUCCACAGUCGGUUGUACAAUUUCAAACAGUCAAACAAGACCUAAAAGUUAUGGAUUCUUUAAUGCCAACAAUGAAAAUUUUGGUAUGAAACCACCAUUUCUAUCUUCACAAAAUAAAGAUUUAAAACAGGACAAAUAUGAAAUCGACCAAGAACCUUUGGCUCAGCAAAGGCAUUCCCAAAUGUACUCGGAAGCUACUUUAGCUCAAAAGCAGCACAAAAACGAAAUAUCAAAGUCUCUAAAAAUGUUUGCAAUGUUGGCGUCGUAUAAAUAUGGAAAUGAUUCGUUAAAUUCAGGCAGAGGAUCGCCAGUGUGUGACAUAAUGGAUGAUUUUUAUUGCAAUGGAUAUGUCACAGACGAUCCGAUUUCAUUUGAAGAAGGAAAAACAUUGAAGGCAACAUCUCAUCUAGAGACAUGUAAUAGUAGCAACAAAUAUUUUUGCAGUGAUUUCAGUAGUCAGUGUAAUUGGAAUUUUAGUACUGUGAAUUAUGAAUCUAACAACAAAGGCGCGGUCUACCCAUGUAUCAACAGUAAUAAUGUUUCUGUUUGGAAACACUAUUUUGAUCCAAAUUUAUGGAUGAUGACUCCGCCACCACAAAAUUAUAACAAUGGCGUCCAUUUGCAGAACCAAAAGAUAAAUACUGCAGCGGUUUCAAUAACCGAUACUGCUACUGUCGCAACUGUGGCUGCUGCGGCCAAUAUCGCCUAUAACGGUCAAAAUAUUAAGAAAAGUCAGAAAAGAUUUGGCGGUUCAAAGUUGGAUAAAUUUUCUGCAGUAAAACAUUGCGUAUUUUGCGAAAAUAACAACGAACCAGAAGCUGUGGUGAAGAGUCAUGCAGUACGUGAUUCACUAGGGCGUGUUCUUUGCCCAAAAUUACGCACUUAUAUAUGCCCGAUUUGCAAGGCUUCCGGAGAUAAGGCGCACACAGUUAAAUAUUGCCCACAAAAACCGAUUAUUACGAUGGAAGACGCAGUUAAGGCAGAAUCCUUACGUUUAGCGAAAAAUUUGUACUUUAAGCAAGGAAUGAACGUAUAGAAGAAAGUAUUUAUAUAUGACUGAACCCCUAGAUAUUUUUAUAAUAAUUAUUUAGAUGGAAAAAGAAAUACAAUUGUUUCUUCUCUAUCGACUUGAAUAAAAAGUCUCUAAUUUUAUUUUCACGUGAAACGUAUUCGAUUUUUGUAACUAUAUUAAGACAUUCAUAAUAAUAUAUGAACAUUUAAAAUUGAACUUAAAGUUUAUUUAAGAAUCUAAAUAUUCCAGAACUCUCAACAUGUUUACUAAAAGUAUUACAUUAUAGUAAAAUUAAUUUUUAAUCAUUUUUAUUAAGUAAUUUUAAAAAUGUAGAAUCGUUUAUUAUCUACCAAACAAAUAAGAUCGAUAAAAAUAGACACACGUUAAAUUUAUAUCUACACUCUCAUUACGUGUUAAACAAUUCUGAUAGUUUUUUAUUUAAUUAAAAACUAAACAUGCAGGGCUCGUUUCUUUCGUAUAUACGCAAAGAAGUUUAAUACCUGAAGUACACUUCCCAAUUAAAAUCUGAAAUUUCGAUUGAGUUUUGUUUUAGACAAGCAUUUAAAUUAUAUGGAAUAUGAAAGACUUAUAUUUUGUUUUAUUAGAAAAGUAUACAUACAUAUGUACAAGUAUGGAAUAAUUGAAUGUGAAAUCAUGUUAUAUUAUAUUUAUAUGUAAUAAAGUGAAAUUACAAAGAGCGUCCAAUAAUCAUA